CGGUAAUGUAAUAAGUGACAGUGUUCGUAUAUGUCGAGAGCUUGAUGACAUAUAUAUAUUUCUGGUAUCGGCUGCUUCGUCUCCGUCAAUCUCCCAUCUAUACCCGUAGAUAUACGCCCCAAUCAUGAAAGCCGUACAAGUCACCAAAUAUGUCUCCGGGCCUCAAGAACUAUCCGUCACCACACUGCCUACUCCCUCCCCCGAUCCCUCGAAAUACCUGAUCAAAAUCCACGCCUGCGGUGCAAACUUCUUCGACUUACUCCAGAUCCAAGGCAAGUACCAGCAUCAACCGCCUCUACCAUGGAUCUCUGGUAUGGAAUUUGCCGGAGUUGUGCUUGCGACUCCUACGUCGGCCAAAGAGACCUCGGGCACGGUCGUGAGCAGUGUCGACGGCACUGUCAACACCAGGAUGAACCAUCGAUUCAAGGUCGGAGAUAGAGUGUUUGGUGGCUUCCACGGUGCCUAUGCGUCACACAUCCUGGCGCCCGAGUCAUCUAUCUUCCCCAUCCCCGAAGGGUGGAGUUUCGCGGACGCCUGCGGUGUCUACGUGACCACCCCGACCGCCUACGGCGCUUUGGUGACAAGAGCAAAGACACAGCCUGGCGAGUGGGUGUUGGUCCACGCCGGGGCCGGCGGUGUAGGAUUGUCGGCCGUGCAAAUCGCAAAGGCUCUAGGAGCCACGGUCAUCGCGACGGCGGGCACGGAGCGCAAGAGGCAGGUCUGUUUGGACUACGGCGCAGACUACGUGGUCGAUUACCGGGAUAAGGGUUGGCCACAAAAGGUGAUAGAGCUUUGCACGAAACACAGAACAGGGAAUGGCCAGGCUGGUGUGGAUGUGGUGUACGAUCCUGUUGGUAUGAUCGACGCGUCGAUGAAGUGUAUAGCGUGGAACGGUCGGUUACUGGUAAUUGGCUUUGCGGGAGGCAAUAUAGAGAAAGUCGCCCUGAAUAGGGUUCUUCUCAAGAACAUCAGCAUCGUUGGCCUGCAUUGGGGAAUGUACUCCAAGAAAGAGCCGGAGACGGAGCCAGUCGUAUGGCAAGGUAUCUUCGACAUGAUGAAGUCUGGUAAGAUCCGGGGUAUCACUUAUACCGACAAACAGUACAAGGGCUUAGAGAAGGUGCCUCAAGCGUUGUUAGACCUUGGAGCACGCGAUACCUGGGGCAAGGUAGUGAUCGAGUUGGGGGAACAUGAAGGCGAAGAAGGGAGGAGUAAGCUGUAAGAAGGCUAUGAUUGAUAUGCCGACCAAGGAUAUCUCUCUUGGCCAGAACCUUUUGCCCAACAAAGAUAUAUACUGUCUCGUAGACCUGGGUACCAAGCUUGGGGCCUGCAUAAUGUGGCUCCAUUGCGGAAGGCUUUUAGACCUGCAUUCAAUUUCACGAAAUGGAAACAACAGCAGCCCCCUCUACUGAACGGCAAUGGCUUCGAUUUCGACAUCCACG